CCAGGGCGGGCCGUUGGUUCUUAAAGGGACUGGGCGCGGAGCUCGGAAGGCGGCGCCGUUCGAGGCAGCGCGGGGACGCACCACUGCCUCCCUCUGACGCCAGAGUCCAGAUCGAAGGAGGCCCUGAGCAGGCAGCCUCAGCCACCUCUGAGUCUCCGUCCUGGGCCAGGCGCGAUGGCGGAGAAGGUGCUGGUAACAGGUGGGGCUGGCUACAUCGGCAGCCACACCGUGCUGGAGCUGCUGGAGGCGGGCUAUUCGCCGGUGGUCGUCGACAACUUCCAUAACGCCAUUCGUGGAGGGGGCUCCAUGCCUGAGAGCUUGCGCCGGGUUCAGGAGCUGACAGGCCACUCUGUGGAGUUUGAGGAGAUGGACAUCUUGGACCAGGCAGCCCUACAGCGUCUUUUUAAGAAGCACAGCUUCACGGCAGUCAUCCACUUUGCUGGGCUCAAGGCUGUGGGCGAGUCGGUGCAGAAGCCUCUGGAUUACUACCGAGUUAACCUGACGGGAACCAUCCAGCUUCUGGAGAUCAUGAGGGCCCACGGGGUGAAGAACCUGGUGUUUAGCAGCUCGGCCACCGUGUAUGGGAACCCCCAGUACCUGCCCCUGGAUGAGGCUCACCCCACAGGUGGCUGUACCAACCCCUAUGGCAAGUCCAAGUUCUUCAUCGAGGAAAUGAUCCGGGACCUGUGCCAGGCAGACAAGGCCUGGAAUGCAGUGCUGCUGCGAUAUUUCAACCCCAUAGGCGCCCACGCCUCGGGCUGCAUCGGCGAGGAUCCCCAGGGCAUCCCCAAUAACCUCAUGCCCUAUGUCUCCCAGGUGGCGAUUGGACGACGGGAGGCACUAAAUGUCUUUGGCAACGACUAUGACACAGAGGAUGGCACAGGCGUCCGGGAUUACAUCCAUGUCGUGGAUCUGGCCAAGGGCCACAUCGCGGCCUUGAGGAAGCUGAAGGAGCAGUGUGGCUGCCGGAUCUACAACCUGGGCACGGGCACGGGCUAUUCGGUGUUACAGAUGGUCGUGGCCAUGGAGAAGGCCUCGGGGAAGAAGGUGAAGAUCUAUGGCGCUGGCAGAAGCAGAAUCCUUCAGGCUUUGGCGCGCAGGCCUGAGACCCUCACCUACCAGGGACCAGAAAAGGAAGAGAAACAACUGCCUGCUCUCCAGCCUCUGGGAGGAACCCAGGGGCCUCAGAGCCUCCCCUACCUCAGACCCCAACGGUGCCCACUCAGCCCACCAGGCAUGAGGCCAAGCGCACCACUGACCAGGUAUCAGGGGUCUCUAUUCCACAGGGUCCAGGAACCCAGGAGGACCACCAAGAGCAAGUGGGGCGAAGCAGGGCCCUGAGACACACAGAACGCCCUCCUCCCGGGCACUAAUUUAUACUGCUACGAAGGAGCUUCCCAAAGUAUUUAAAAUAAAGUUUU